GUUCGUAAACAGCCUCGCAUGUAUUUUAAAUUAGUAAACAACUGUCAACCAAAUCUGACAUUGUGGCAAGUGAUUUCAAAAACAAAAGUCAUUUAGCCGUAUUCAACAUUGUAUGAGGAUUUAUUCACAGUUUUAAUCGUCAAAAGAUUUUUUUAUCGCAAAAUCGUAUCUUUCUGGCGAUUUUUAUUUUGGGGACACACGAGAAAGUAUUGAAUGAAUGAUGCGGAAAAAUACGACAAAAUUGUUAACCGAUUUGCGGGCGUUGAUGCGUCAAUUGCCCAAUAAUGGAGGGGCAGUGAGUGCGUAUAUUAUUCCAACGGAUGAUCCACAUCAAAGUGAGUAUAUCAGUGAAACCGAUGAGCGACGAUCGUUCAUUAGUGGAUUCGAUGGAUCGGCUGGAACGGCAAUUGUGACGCAAAAACAGGCGCUGCUGUGGACGGAUGGACGGUAUCAUCAACAGGCUGAACAACAGCUCGAUGAAAAUUGGACGCUGAUGAAAGAUGGCCUCACCACAACACCCACCAUGAGCAGCUGGCUAUCAAAUAACCUAUCAGCUGGCGAUCAAGUUGGCGUCGACGGAAAUUUAUUAUCGUUUCGCGAAUGGAACCCACUUUACACUGCACUUAGUGCAAAUGAUAUUCAACUGACUUCAAUCGAACAAAAUCUCGUCGAUCUCAUUUGGGAAGGACAUCCGCCCAGACAAUUUAAAUCCAUUAUUAGUUUGGAUUUGAGCAUCACCGGGAAGAAAAUUGGCGAUGCCGUGCAGUUGAUUCGAAAAGAAAUGCGAGAUAAACAUGCGAAUGUAUUGGUUGUGACCGCUUUGGAUGAAAUCGCUUGGUUAAUGAAUUUGCGUGGAUCGGACAUCGAUUACAAUCCCGUGUUUUAUAGUUAUGUUGUACUAACACAAGACGAACUAUAUUUGUUUGUUGAAAAGAAUCAACUGCCCGUCGGAUAUGAGGAGCAUUUCAGGAAGAAUAACGUCACGGUCAUUGUGGAUGAAUACGAAAAUGUGCAGACAAUACUGAAAGAUUUGAUCAAAAAAUCGACGGGAAAAGUGUGGAUCAGUCCAACUUCAUGCUAUGCUUUGAGUGCAUUGAUUCCAGAGAAGAAGUUAUUGCACGAAGUGUCGCCGGUUUGUGCAAUGAAAGCGGUUAAGAAUGCAGUUGAAGCGCAAGGCAUAGUCGAUUGCCACAUUCGUGAUGGAAUUGCACUUUGCAAGUAUUUUGCUUGGCUUGAAGAUGCUCUCAACCGAGGAGAGAAGGUCGACGAAAUUUCUGGAGCUACUAAAUUGCAAGGAUUCCGAGAAAAAUUGCCGAAAUUUGCUGGUCUUAGCUUCUCCACUAUCAACGGCUCCGGUCCAAAUGGUGCAAUCAUUCAUUAUCACCCAACACCCGAAACCAAUCGACCAAUUACACUGAAUGAAAUGUACCUAUGUGAUUCGGGCGCGCAGUUCCAGUAA